AUGGCACGAACAAAACAAACUGCCCGCAAAUCCACCGGUGGAAAGGCUCCCAGAAAGCAACUCGCUACCAAAGCUGCUCGAAAAUCAGCUCCGGCGACCGGAGGUGUGAAGAAGCCACACAGAUUCAGGCCAGGAACUGUUGCCCUAAGAGAGAUCCGUAAGUACCAGAAGAGUACAGAGUUGUUGAUCCGCAAACUUCCAUUUCAGAGACUUGUGAGAGAAAUCGCUCAAGAUUUCAAGACAGAUUUGAGGUUCCAGAGCAGUGCUGUUGCUGCACUUCAAGAGGCGUCGGAGGCUUACUUGGUGGGUUUGUUUGAAGAUACUAAUUUGUGUGCGAUUCAUGCUAAGAGGGUUACAAUUAUGCCUAAGGAUAUGCAAUUGGCUAGGAGGAUUCGAGGUGAGAGGGCUUAA